AUGGUCUGUGGGGGGGGUGGGGGGUGGGGGAAAUAUUUUGAGGAGAAGGACGGUUGUGGGACUCGAGGAGACUGGAAGGCUAUCUGGGAAUAUGGGGGGGGCUGGUUGUGGGAAAUGAGGAGAAGGGAUGGCUUGCUGGGCUUGAGGUGGUUCGAUGUGGGGGGAGAGAGCGAUGAUGGGCUAGUGAGGAGCGAGCUGGAGCAGUUGUUGUGGUGGUUUAGGGCAGACGUGUGUCAGAGGUGA